AUGAGAAGUUAAGACAAUUCAAAAUUAAAUAUAAGUGUUCAAAUCAAAGAGAAUAGUUUUAUUAAAGGACGUAAAUUAGACUCUUUUACUAAUACUCCUUUAGUAAUAAACUCUCGAGAACAUCCUUAAUAUGGAAAUAUAGCCAAACAAGAAGAAAAUGAUAUACUGUUAGGCAAUUUAAUCAAUCGGCCAACUAAAGUCAAAACAAAAAAGAAAAAAAAGAAGAAAGCAUUGAAUACUAAACUUAGUGCUCCUGUGACUAAAGCAUCAUAAGAAAAACUAGAAAAACCUUCUAAACCUAAAAAGGCUCUCAAUACUAGUAUGAAUAAACUUUAAAAAUAAAAAAAAGUAUUCACUGUUCAUACAACUCCUUUAUUUAAUUGGGGAGUUAAUUAGGAAAGACUAAAAAAUUAUUUCUUAAAUGAAUAAUUGAAAUAAAGAAAUGUUUAAGAAACUAUGUUAAAAAGAAUUAACAAAACUGAUUUAGAUAUUAAAUAAAGAAGAGAUCAAUUAGGAGUUUCUUUUUUAAAUAAUAUCUCAUUAGAUAAAUUUAUUAAAAAGAAAAGUAAUAAAUUAUUUUUUAUAUCUCAUAGAAUUAAACAAAUCAUUAACUCCAACAAAGAAGGAUACUAAAAAACCGAAAUUUCAGAUCAACUAAGAAGAAAUUAGAAAAUAUAAGGAAUUCAAAUAGAAAAUGAUAAUGAUAGCAAAAUAAGAAUUGAAAAAAAAGGAAUAUGAGAGACAAUUUAAAAUUCAUCAAAAUUUAUAAAAUCUCAAUGAUUAUAUAAGAUCAAGAAAUAGAAGUCUUUCAGUUGGAGAUACAAAAUAAAGAAGAAAAAAUAGAACUGCAUCAACUUAUGGAAUUAUUUAUGAAGAUUAAAAAGAAAAUAUUAUAUCGGAUAGAUAUCAAGAAAAUAAAAAGAGAAAAGUUUUAUUGUAAUUUAAAAAUUAAUCUGAUAAAUCUAAAUUAGUAUAAUCAUCAAAUCAUGAAUCAAUGAGACAGCCUUGUUCAUCAAUAUAUCAAUAUAUGAGCAAUUCAAGUAGUGCAAAUAUUCCAAAUGAAAGUGAUCCAGAGCAAGAUUUUGCUAAUUUUGAUAAUAGUUUUUAUAGUUAGAAGAUAAUUACUUUAGGAGAAGAUAAAGAUGAAAUAAUGAGUUCACAAAGAGAUUGGGAUGAAUAAGAUAUUAAAGAAAUUGAAGAGAUAAGAUCAAUUGAAUAAGCAGCAAGUAAAUAUAGUGAGAAAAGAUAAAAAUCUUAAACAGAUGAAUAAGCAGCAAUAAAAAUUUAAAAAGUUUGGAGAAAAUAUAAAACAAGAUAGAUUUUAAGUUAUUAUUAAGAUUAUUUUAAAAAAGAAGAAGAAUAAGCUGAAUUUAAUUUAAAUGAUUUACAUUAAAGUUAAAUUCAAGAGUUGAUAAAAAUGGGUUAUAUAAAGGUAGAUUCAAAAGGACAAAUUUAACUUAUUGAGCAGGAUAAAAGUGAAAAAUCAUCUGAUUCUUCAUUAUAAAAUAAGAAAAAGAAAUCUAAAAAUUAUAUAGUAGAUUUACCUUAAGCUUAAAAAUAAAUUUAUGAUGCUAAUGCUUAUCAAGAUUAUAUUGAAGGUUUUAGUGAUUCAAAAGAUAGUGAAGGAAAGAAAUCAACAGAAAAAAAAUAAUUUUUAUCAGCUAUUUCAGAAUAAUAAGAAAUGGAAAACUGUAGAGAAAGUACAGAAAAGAAUUCAUUAAUUAUGAAUUAAUAAAUAACUUUUAAAAAGAAAAAGAGAUUAUCGAUUGAUGUUGAUGAAAUUGAAAAAGAAUAUUAGAAUUAAUAAUAAUAGGUUGAUAUAGGAGAAAUAAGAUGUGCUAUUGGUUCUGAAUCUUUAAUUAAGAGUUUAUCUUAAGAAGAUUAAACAUUUAAUUAAGAAAAGAGUAUUUUUGAAUAAUCUUCUUUCUAGGAUUUUGUAUAACUUAAAUUUAAAGAAUUGAUGUCCAGAGAUAAAAUGGAUGAAUUGAUAGCAAUGAGAGAAAAGGUUUUGGAAGAAAGACAUAAAUAAUAAAUUAAAACAAUAAAUGAAGCUUAUGAAAAUAAAUAGAUUUCUCCUAAGACUUAUGAUUAAUAGAAUAGAAAACUAGAAAAAUGGGUGACUAAACAAAGAAAGGAUUUAGAAAAGAAGAAAAAUGAAAUUAUUAAAGGUCAACAAAGUACUUAUGAGACUGUGAUGAAGACUUAAAGAGAUCUUUUAUUUAUGAAAUAAAUUUCUUAAACUAAUUCACAAUCUUACAUAAAAAUUAUUGAUAGUUUUAGUUAAGAAUCUGUUUUGUAUUCAGAAUAAUCAUUAAGAAAUAGUAUUAUAGAAAUACAAAAUUAGAAUUUACUUUAAUUAUAAUAAUAACUACCAUAAAGAUCAUCCUUAUUAAGUGAAGAAGAUCUAAGUAAAUCAUAAAAUUUUGAUGAUGAAGUGAUGUUUAAAAAUAAUUCAAGUCCAUCUAGUCAUUAAUAUGCAGAUUAUGAACCAGAACCAUCAUUCAAUCUAUAAUAAUUAGCCUAAUCUCAAGUAUUAAGAGUAUCAGAUAUAGUUAGAGAUUAAUCUAAAAUGUCUGAAAAGUAAGCAGAAUCAUACUCUAUUUUAAUUUCUAAUAUGCUUAUAGUUUAAGAAAUUUAAUUAUUAUGCCAAGAACUUGGUAGAAACAAUAUUGAUAUAUUUGAAUAAGUUACUAAAGCCUAAAUUAAUAGACCUUAAUCAUAAUUAUAAACCUCUUAUGGAACAAAUCAGCCUAAAGGUUUUAAAACAGGAAUCCCAUAAGUAAAGACUUAUUUAACUCAUCUUACAGAAUUCAUGCUUUGUAAUUAUAAAGAUGAAGUUUUGGCUAAAAUAAAUGUUCCAUUAGGACCAUCUUCAAAAGAUAUGUUAAGAUUUUUGCAUCCUGUUUCUGAUUCAACAAUUGUUUCAGAUGAGGAAAGUAAUUAAAAUGAAAACUAUUUAUAAAAUAUCAUUAUGACAGCAGAGUUAUUUGGAACUUUUGAAAGAUUUUUAUUAAAUGAAUCAAUUCUAAAAAGUUAAACUUCUUAAUUACUUGAAUUAGAACAUAUUCAUAAUAAAGCAAUUUUCGAUGCUUUGAAUGAAGCUUUAGAUUAUUAUAGACCUUAUGGAAUGGCAGGAUAACCCUACGCUUGGAAAUGUGAUGCUGCUAGAUUAUAAUUUCGAGAAAAAACUUUAAAUGAAAUGCCAAAUAUUAUUAAAUCUAGCUUAGAUAAAGUUCUAGAAUGGUGUCAUUAUUUAGUUGGCUUUUUAAUUGAUAAAGAAGAUUGUCCAUAUCCUAAAAUGUUGAUGUUUGAUUAAGAAUGUUUAGCAUAAAUAAAAGAAGAUAGAAUGAUUAGAAUGCUCUCUGCAGAAGUAUUUUUAUUAAUUAAAUUCUUUAGGUUGAAGAAAAUGAAGAUAGAUGGAUAAGUUAUGAUGAAGAAUAUACAGUAGUUGCUAUCGAUUUAUCUGAUUUGAUUUUUGAUCACUUACUUGAAGAAUUACUUUAAGAAAUUCAUUGA